AGAAUUGGGAAAUCCGUACGAGAACCCCCCAAAAGCUGUCAGCACUUUGGAUUCCAAGGAGAAAGACAGAAAGAAAAGAGAGAGAGGGAAAGCGAAAACAAAAAAAACUUAGAAGAAGAGGGGGAGAGAGAAAGAGAAAAAAAUAAUAAGAAAAAGAAAAAAGCUUGAAAACUUUGAGGGAUUGAUUAGAAAAAGGGGACAUGGAGAUUCUCAUCUUCCAAUGAUCCCUUCAACCCCACAAAUUUUCCCGUUUGGAUUUGGUGUCACAGCUUGAUUCUCCAUUGCUGCGAUUCCAGCAUCAACAGCAAAACCAAACUUCUCUUUCAUUCUCUCUCUCUCUCUCUCUCUCUCUCUCUCUCUCUCUCUCUGUCUCUCUUUCUUCUCUCUUUCAUCUGCAUUGUCCCUUUUGCACUGCACAAGGAGGCUAAUUGGAGGAACCCCAGAAGGAAAUUUCGGAUUUUUAAGAGGAUUUCGUUUCUGGGUCGGGGCUUGAAUUGGGUUUUAUGGGUUUGGUGAAAGGGAGAAGAGAGUUUUGGUGACUCGAGAGGUGGUGUGGUGCUGCUGCCAUGGUUGAGAAUAGAAAUCCGCAAAUGGGGGAUUCUCCUUCUGGCAAUGCGGGUCACAGACAAAGAAGGCUCUAUCAAGUUUGGAGGGGAGGCAACAAGUUUUUCUGUGGUGGGAGGCUGGUUUUUGGUCCGGAUGUAGCUUCACUGUUUCUUACAACAUUCCUAAUUGCUGGACCUGCAAUUGCAUUUUGUGUAAAGAUAUAUCUUAAAAUCAAGAAGACCGAUGAUCUUAUUCAUGAUUACUGGUUUCCUGUAUUGAUUGUGGGUUUAGUUCUCACUGUUUUGGAUUUAGUGUUCCUCCUUUUGACUUCUGGGAGAGAUCCUGGAAUUGUCCCUAGAAACUCACGACCUCCUGAAUUUGAUGAGACAUUUGAUAUACCUACCCCUUCCAUGGAGUGGAUUAAUGGCACAACCCCUCAUUUGAAACUACCUCGAACUAAAGAUAUUGUUGUUAAUGGUCACAUAGUGAAAGUAAAGUUCUGUAAUACAUGCUUGCUUUAUCGUCCUCCUCGUACUUCUCAUUGUUCUAUAUGCGACAAUUGUGUCCAGAGAUUUGAUCAUCACUGUCCCUGGGUUGGCCAGUGCAUUGGAAUACGAAACUAUCGGUACUUCUUCAUGUUUAUUUCGACAUCAACCAUUUUGUGCAUAUAUGUCUUCUCGUUCUCUUGUAUCAAUAUUGCCCGCAGUGGUGUUUGGAGGACAAUAACACAUGAUUAUGUAUCAGAUUUUCUGAUAGUAUACUGCUUCAUAGCUGUCUGGUUUGUUGGUGGCCUCACAGCUUUCCAUUUCUAUCUCAUUUGUACAAAUCAGACAACUUACGAGAACUUCCGAAAUCAAUAUGAUAAGAAGGGGAACCCAUUCAAUAGGGGAUCAUGCAGAAAUCUGAAAGAAACACUUUGUUCCAGUAUUCCCCAUUCGAAGAAUAAUUUCCGAUCAUUUGUUGUGGAGGAUGAACAGAUGAUGGUUGGGUCUCUGACUCCAAAUACUGGGGAUGGAAUUUUGACCCCAAAGGAGAAAAUUGAUCUUGAAAUGGGAUCUAUGCGUGCAGAAGAUGGUCGUAGGCCUGUUCCUGAACUUCUGCGAAAUUUUGAUUUUGAUAAUUUUGAUAGUGACAUGAAGUUUGCAGAUGAUGACGGGCAGCCUUCUUUUGAUCCAUUCUACAGUAUUGAGGAUGAUGUAAAAGACUCGGCCCGAACAUCCAUUCAAACAGUUUUGAAUUUCCAAAGCAUAACUGAAGAUGUAAUGGAAGAGUCUGUGCAAAGCUCCCAUGCUGGAGGAAAAGUCAGAGAAUCUACACAAAGGCACUUUCCUGCUGAUGGAACAUAUACAAUUAAGGAAACUGAUGACAGGAAUCAUUCACAUUAAGCCACGAUGCAACCUUUUGGUUUCUAAUGCAAAGAGGUUUGUUGAUGGUCUUCUCUUUGAUUGCUUGUGUGCCUUGAAUUACACACUGAGGAUAGUUUGGUUCCAUAGUUGCAGCAAUUUGUGGUUUGUAAGAAAUUUCCAAUUUGCUGACUCAUGCAAGUUCAUUGAUGCUAUUCAUGCUGGAAAUGGGGAGAUUGACCCUACACUUCUCUCUAAUUUUAGCAUAAAAAGUGUGGCAAGUGUUUGUUGUAAGCUGUAAACGCCACUUGCAUUCAAAAUAAUGCACAAAGAUUUUCUGCCUAAGUUUAUGGUAGGUGCUGUGCUAGGUGUGCAUAUCUCUUCCACUCGGUCCGUUGUUAAAGAUCUCUAGGUUGGAUGAUUUUUUAUUUACCACUAGAAAUUUAGAAUCUGUAAGUACUGUACUAAAUUUAUUUAUUUACUUUGAAGAAUGAUCUUUUUCUUUC